AUGCUUUUGUUCAAACGGUUCUUUACCACGCUUAAAAAAUAUGCCCCUGCGGACCAGUUAGAAAGUAUUCACAGGCUUUCUUUAUCCGUCAAUGGAACUUCUAGCACUAUUGAAAAGCAUGCUUUACUUGCUCAAUUCCCCGCUUGUCAUUCCACUCUAAAGCGCAUAUACGACCCUCACACGCGCCUCUUUAUCACUUCCAAAUCAGCUAAAGCCUACCUUACGAAACAAACCAACAUGGAACCCACUACAUUUCAUCACCUGGACGAUUUACUCGAUGCGCUUUCUUCCCGCCACAUCACGGGAAAAGCUGCCUCUCAAGCCGUUGCUUCUUUCUAUACGACCUACUGUCACUCGGAAGCUCAUCAAAACAUCUUUUGGCGCAUCAUUGACCGCAAUUUAAAAAUGGGAGUGUCUGUACAAACCGUGGAUCAUACCAUUUUACGCGAUCCGACAAAGAUGGACGUAUCGCGCAUCAGUGUGGCUCUGGCCACGUCGUAUACGCCCAACAAAUUGACAGACGUGGACGGUUGGUAUGUUUCACAAAAGCUGGACGGUGUGCGGUGUAUCGCCAUGAUUCGAUCGACAGGCGACAUUCAAUUUUAUUCAAGGACAGGUAGACUAUUCACCUCGCUACAGAAAGUCAGAGCUGUCUUGGAACACCAGUUAAAAAAGGGGGUUGCCGACGGCGAAGAGUUUGUGCUGGACGGAGAAAUUUGUGCUUAUGCUGAUGAUGGAGAUCCCUCGCAAGAGGAUUUUGUAAAGGCAUCAUCACAGGUACGUCGUACCAAUGAAGAGAUGGAAAAUCCGGUCUUUCAGGUAUUUGAUAGAAUUAGGUUGCAAGACUUCAUUGAAAAAAGCGGAGAUCAAACGCUACUGCAGAGACAAGAGGCACUACAAAAGUUUGUGGGGAAAGACCCGCUAGAUCAUAUCAAGGUGGUGAAGCAAGCAAAAUUAAAUAGUCUGGAGGAAUUUGAACAUAUCAAGGCACAAGCGGUUGAAAAAGGAUGGGAAGGUUUGAUGUUACGAAAAGAUGUUCCAUAUGAAGGAAAACGAACUCGAAAUAUGUUAAAGGUGAAGCAAUGGGAAGAUGGUGAGUAUAUUGUCAAAAGCACAGAGAUGGGCUUGAUGAGGAUGCCCGACACGGGUGAAGACAAGUAUGUCACCACAAACGUCAUUAUCGAGCAUAAGGGUUAUCCCGUCAGUGUCGGAUCCGGAUUCACUUUGCAGAACAGAAUUGAUUACGCCAAAGAUCCUAGCUUAAUCAUUGGAAAACCCAUUACUGUGCGCUACUUUUCAGAAUCCAAAAAGGACAAUGGUGCAAUAUCUCUUCGAUUUCCUUCCGUAAAGGCUGUCUAUGGGGAAGGUAAAAGAGACAUCUAG